AUGAUUAUUCACCCCAGAGAUAUCACUCUGAAUGUAGACAGUUGUGUCGGCUCUUGUACAGAUGAUAUCACCAGUACAAUAACCACCACCAUCACAAUUACCAGAUUCAAUAAAGCAUACACUGAAAAGGAUGCAAUAUCCGCUAUCACACCGAGCCCUACCGCUCCAGUUCUGGAUAUUGUGGUCGAAAAACGACAGUUCAAGUCCGGUUCUUCCCAAAUGAUUACGGAUAGCUACUCCAAAUCAAAAGGUACCAUGGAUGCCAGAACGAGUACUACUCUUGCCAUCGUCAUCCCGAUAUGUGUACUCUUGCUGGUGUCAGCGGUUCUAAUGCUGUUCUAUUACCUGAGAAGGAAACAAUCCGAAGAUUCCAUAAAUCCUCAAAUACUCAAAGAAAUCAGAGAGACAAAGCCCACCACCCUGUAUAUUAACAAACACCAAAGGACCGAUCCAGAUCAAAUUAGGUUCAAGGACAUUCCUGCAAAGAAGAUCGAGGCGGUAUCUGGAUUUCAAAAUUGGAGAAGACAAUCAAUUUUCAACGUCAAAGACUGGUUAGAUAAACGGAUGAGCAGAGAUGUGAGUAUCAGACAUGUUACGUCAUCGUCAAUCGAGGAAUCUUCCAGCACUUAUUCCGAAAAGGACCACAGAGAUUCAGACAGAGGCGAGACUCCCCGAGGUUCCUACUCUCAAUUCUACAACAAAGUAAUCAAUACCCCAGCCACCAACCUAAGAACGUUCAAGCUCCUCAACAAAUCGCCAGUACAUAGCGGGAUACACCGAUCACGUACCCCCGACUCGUGCAAUUUCCAUCCUUCAUUUAUCAAAAACAUCCUCCGGUCCUCGCGCGACUCUACAGAUCUACCCCAACCCACUGUUGUCAAGGAUAAGGACCUGCCUACGAUACCUCUACACCCAAGCGAUGCUAACAUCCAACGUCAAGUUAUUGAAGUCGACACAAGUUCGUCAUUGAUUUGCAAACCCCCAAUUGCCAAGAUCAAACACGCCGAGCAAAGCUCUACCAAGAAAGUCACCCCUCUAAGCCUCAAUGGACUGGAAAAGACUGUAAACGGCACCACGUCCAGUCUGAGGGCCAUCUACCAGGUGAUUGAAAACUACAAAGCGAAGCUCCCUGACGAAAUAUCCAUAGUCAAGGGCGAACUGCUCAUUUUGAACGGGGUGUUUGAAGAUGAUUGGUGUAAGGUUAACAAAGUAAACAGUAGGAUGGAAGGAAUGGUGCCCAGAUAUUGCAUAGCCAGGUUUACAUAA